AUGGACUACUUUUCGAACACGAUUUUCGAAAAUUGCGAGGAAUACUACGAGACAACCCUCGACUACAUGGCCGACUGCCUCGAAGAGCUGGAUCCAACGCCCACCAGAACGAGCCUGUCGCAGUCCACGAUAAGUACCGCUGAACCAUCGUCUUUUUCUUUAACUCAUUUGCCGCCGAUUCAACUACCGCCGUUUUCGGGAAAUGUCGAGGACUGGGAGAGCUUCCGCGAUCGCUUUACUUCUCUCAUAAUUCAAAAUACCGAAUUAACUGCAUUUUCGCGGAUGCAUUUCCUAGCUUCAAGUCUCACCGGUCGUGCGUUCGAUACUAUAAAAUCUAUUCAAAUCACCGCGGAUAAUUUUGAUAUCGCGUGGAAAACAUUAGUUUCACGAUUCGACAAUAAGCGACGGCUCGUCGACGUGCACGUAUCAGCGCUAUAUUCUCUGCCGACGGUCGCUCGCGAAUCCGCUGUCGAACUUAACGCACUUUGCGACAAAGCGAAUCGCGCUAUCGCUUCUUUAAAAAAUUUAAAUCGAUCACCCGAUCAAAUGUUGAGCGAUAUGUUAGUUUUUAGCGUCACGCAACAACUUGAUCACGCCACUCGGAAAGCGUGGAAGUUAAAAACCGGUGACGACCCGAACAUUCCUUCGUAUGAAGCUCUCGACCGAUUUCUCGACACGCGCAUUCGUGCAUUGGAGGAAAUCUCUCCGGCUAAUGCUUCCAAAUUCUUGCGCGCGCCAAAAGUUACCAGUGCUAACGCCACUGCCGCUGGUUUAUCGUGCCUAUUAUGUCGGGCCGCGCAUUUCAUCAACAAAUGUCCGCAAUUUUUGAGGAGGACUCCGAGUCAACGCCUUGAAGUCAUUUUAAAAGCGAAGCGAUGCGUCAAUUGUUUGAGCGCAAAGCACGCUGUACAAACGUGUCCAAGUCAAUACUCAUGCAGAACUUGCCAAAGCAAGCAUCACUCGAUGCUGCACGUUGACUCGGCUUCUUCCUCAACUGCAUCCGCUGUCUCUCAAAAAAACGAAACCUCGUCGAGUGUGUCGUCAGACUCUAUCGCGAUUACUUCGGCCACGGCAUUAUGCUCCCAGCUAACAGGCGUCGCGCUCCCGCAAGUGUUACUCGCGACGGCCCGCGUCACCGUCGGUGCACCGUCGGGUCGGACUCUCACCGUGCGAGCGCUUCUCGAUCAAGGCUCGGAGAUCACCUUCAUCACGGAGCGUCUCGCACAAACUCUCAGAAUGCGUCGCAUUCGCCAACCACUCUCGAUUUCCGCCGUCGGCGGAAUGAACGCCGGAACUUGUCAAUUCGCCGCUAAGAUUCGGAUCGCUCCGAUCAAUCAAGCUGCUCCCGUGUUCAUGACAACCGCGUCGAUUCUCAGAUCUCUCACAAAAUAUUCGCCUUACAAGGCAAAUUCCAGCUAUGAUUGGAGCUAUAUAAGCGAUCUCAAUCUGGCCGAUCCGAAUCCAACAAGCGCUGACCCGAUCGAAAUCCUGAUCGGAGCAGACUUAUAUGGCGAAUUGCUGCUUAGCGGCGUUCGUAAAGGCGCCCCUGGGCAGCCAAUUGCGCAGCAAACCAUUUUCGGCUGGGUUUUGUCGGGGCCCAUGUCCGAGCUGUCGACGCAAUCGCGAGCGAUCACCGUUCAGCAUUGCGCGAAUUCGGAGGCUCUAGAUCAGGAGCUCAGACGAUUCUGGGAAAUCGAAGAAACUCCUCGACAGGCUCUCCUCAGCCCUGAAGAGCAGCAGUGUGAGGAGCAUUUCACAGCCACGCAUUCGCGCGGUGCUGACGGUCGAUACACAGUGCGCCUUCCGUUUAAAAGCGGUCCGCCGAUCGACAUCGGCGAUUCGCGCCACACGGCUGAACGCUUCCUGCGAGGAUUACAUCGUCGCUUCCUUCUACAUUCCGACCUUCGUGCGGCCUACGCCGAAUUUAUGCACGACUACGAAUCAUUAGGACAUAUGAACGAAGUGAAGAGCGAUCAAGUCGCCUCGCAGGAAGUGUAUCUCCCUCAUCAUCCUGUCAUUCGCGACAGCAGCGUCACGACAAGAUUGCGAGUCGUAUUUAACGCGUCGAGUCUGACGACCAAUUCAACGUCGUUGAAUAAUCACUUGCUCACCGGGCCAAAGUUACAAGCGGACUUAUCGGCUGUCAUUCUGCGCUGGCGACAGUUCCGCUACGUUUAUGCUGCCGAUAUAACAAAAAUGUAUCGCCAAAUAGUUAUGGACCCGCGUGACAUCGAUUACCAGCGAAUUCUAUGGAGCGGCGCUCCUUCAGAACCCGCUCGAGCUUAUCAGCUCACUACUGUCACAUACGGCACAACCUGUGCGCCAUUUUUAGCGCUACGCGUCAUUCGUCAGCUUGCUCAAGAUGAGGGUAGUUCUUUCCCACUCGCUGCUAUUGUUCUGCAGCAAAAUACUUAUGUCGAUGACAUUCUCUUCGGGGCGGACGACAUACCUCUCCUUCGUCAAGUUCGCGAGCAGGUAUGCGCGUUGCUUCGUCGAGGCCGAUUCGAGCUGAGAAAAUGGGCGAGCAACUCUUCUCAACUCCUCAGCGAUAUCGCUAGCGCAGAUCACGGCCUAGUUUGCGAUAAAAUGCUUCAAACAGAUGACCAUCUUAAAAUUCUCGGCAUCCGGUGGAAUCCGUCCUCUGACGCCUUUCAAUUUAACGUCACACUUCCGCAUUCCGAGCAGACUACCAAACGGUCGAUCCUGUCAACUAUCGCGAGAUUGUUCGAUCCGUUGGGGUGGAGUACUCCGGUUACUGUUGUCGCGAAGAUUUUCCUUCAGAAACUCUGGCUGCUCAAAAUCGGAUGGGACGACGUGCUUUCCGCUGACAUUCUCGAUCGCUGGGACUCCAUUCGCUCAUCUCUCGCCGCUCUGCACGGUUUUCAAUUGGACCGCUGGAUUCAACGCGGUGCAGAUAGCGUCAGAUGCGACUUACACGGUUUUGCAGACGCAUCUUCGCACGCUUACGCUGCCGCCGUGUAUAUUCGAAUAGUUUCGUUAUCCGGUGAAAUAACAGUACGAUUGUUAAUCGGAAAAUCAAAAGUCGCGCCGAUAAAAACAUUAAGUAUUCCACAGCUGGAACUCGCCGCUGCCGUGUUACUCGCGAAACUAAUCGAUUUUGUCAAAUCAUCCCUGCAUCUCCCUGCAGAUUCUUGCCACUGUUGGACCGAUUCCACGGUAGUUCUCGCGUGGGUGGCGCAACAUCCAUCAAAGUGGAAGACGUUCGUCGCGAAUCGCGUCUCUGAAAUACAAUCUAGACUCCCAAACGCGCAAUGGAGACACGUCCCCACUGAUCACAAUCCCGCGGAUUGCGCGUCACGCGGUAUACCCGGUGAGAAUUUUACCUCUCACACGCUCUGGUGGCGGGGAUCUGCAUGGUUACAUUUUUCUGAAUCCGAAUGGCCGGCGCCAUUCGAUUCGUCUCUUUCGAUGCCCACGAUGGAGCGAAAAGAAAACGCGGCGUCUCAUCUCGUGUCGCGACGAAAACCAUGGGACCUUGCCGCACGGUACUCUUCGUGGCCGCGUUUAAUUCGUGUCACCGCCUACAUCAUGAGAUUCAUCUCAAAGCUUAAAAGACACUCGGUGCCGCGCGACACAUGCGACGAAGGCUCCCGGUCAAUUUCCGCGCUCGAAUGUAGAAAAGCACGAGACUUUUGGUUGUCGCAAAUUCAAUCAGAAUUAUUCGCGCGGGAAAAGGAAUCUUUGUUGCAGCAACGUUCGAUUCCAGCAAAGAGUGCAUUGUUGUCUUUAACGCCAUUUCUCGGCGAAGACAAACUAAUCCGCGUUGGCGGGCGGCUGUCGCGUGCCCCCAUGCGGUUCUCCGAAAAACAUCCUAUAAUCUUAGCUGCACAUUCUCUUGUAAACCUCCUCGUGCAGCACGUACAUUUAAGAUCUCUUCACGCGGGGCCUCAAUUAACUCUAGCUACUCUUCGUCGAGAGUACUGGAUAUUGCGUGCUCGAAAUAUUGUCAAAGCUGUCGUUUUCCGCUGCGUAGUAUGCACGCGUGAAAAGGCAGCUACUCCCAAUUAA